AUGUGGCGUCCACUCGGCGGCCCCGGUACGAGAGUUUUCUGGCUAUGCAGUGGCUACGACCGUGCCGCUCGAACUCAGACCUUCGCCUACUCCACCUCACCAUGCUCAACGGGUGUCAACAAAUUCCUCGUGCCAGCCCUAGCCAACGAUCCCUACGUACAAAUGUUCUGCAAGUCGCUGCCGCCCCGCGCGAGGUACCGUCCUUCCGACUGCCCAAACAGCUUGAAGAAUCUCGAGUACGCGAAGAUUCAAACCUUUUGCGAAUGUCUCAAGCAGCGAUGCGCCAAGCCUGCAUGUCCGUAUGGGACGAGCUCUUGUGCAAAGACAUGCGGAGGGUUUUGCGCGAACUUCAACACAGAUUGCCGGAAUUGUGGUGGAUGCAAUCAGAAGUGCGCGACUGGGAAGAGAUGCGUCCGAGGCUCUUGCGUAUCACCUCAGCCUGCUAGUACGACGAAGUCGACGACAACUGCAUCUUCUAGAACGACGGCUUCGACGACGACGAAGUCGACCACCACGGCUUCGACUCCAUCGACGACUCCUUCUAGCACUACACCAGCAAUCACAAACCCUCCCACCACAAUGCCCUCCACUACAACAACAGCCCAACAGGACAUGUCGUAUGUCGACGCCUUCAACGACCGCUUCUACGACUACACCGUCCACAACUCCGUCCACGGCCACAUCGACGGCGACGACGACGACCUCCAGCUCAGCUCCUGA